AUGGACGGCUUCCCUACACCAGACUCUCUCUUCAAGAACGACGCCGCAUUGGCAACAGUCGACAAGGCCAAAUAUUACGUGAAAGCUUCGGAUGCAUCAAUUGCAAAUGUUAAAGCCGCGUUGGAAAAGAAGACACACAAAGUUCAUAUUGUCGAAACUGGUGCCGACGCCCUUGCUAAAAUCAAGGAACUCAUUCCUGCAAAGGCUACCGUCAUGACUGGUGGCUCUACAACCCUCGUUUCAAUCGGAUUUACUGGUUUCCUAUCCAAGACCAAGAAUGCCGACCUGCCAUUUGUCAACCUUGGUGAGGCUAUCUUCGCCGAAAAGGAUCAAGGAAAGGCGGCCAACAUGCGCCGUUUGGCUCUUGGUGCUGAUGUGUUUGUGUCCUCUGUCAGUGCUCUCUCAGAAGAAGGGGACAUUGUGGCUUGUGACUUGACUGGUACUCGUGUUGGUGGUUUCCUUGCUUGCGGCACUUUGGUUAUCGUUACCUCUUCCCAAAAGAUUGUACCAACGUACGCAGACGCGAUCAAGAGGACUGAGGAGUUUGCUCUGGCCGUUGAAUCUGCUCGAGUACGUGUCGCAUACAAGAUUCCAGCAUCAACUGCUGCCAACUGGUUGUCCAUUCGAGCUGGAAACCCAUUCGCCCCUGGCCGAAUUCACGUCAUCAUCGUCAAGGAUGAGAUUUUGGGCUUUUAA